AUGCCAGAAUGUUUYCAAUUCUCAUUUGGAAAUAAGACAACAGUCAUCAUUGACUGUUUUGAGGUUUUUAUUAUGAGGCCUUCAAACCUCAUGGUGCGAGCACAGACUUAUUCUAAUUAUAAAAGUCACAACACUGUUAAAAUCCUAAUUGGCAUUACACCUCAGGGAAGUAUUUCAUUUGUGUUGCACGUGUGGGGUGGAAGAACUUCCGAUAAGUUUAUAACAGACCAUUGUGGAAUACUGAAAAACCUUUUGCCUGGAGAUUUAGUGAUGGCUGACCGUGACUUCACAAUUCAGGAAAGCCUUACAGUUCACAGAGCUGAACUUGCCAUUCCAGCCUUCACUAAAGGAAAGGAUCAGCUAGACCCCAUUGAUGUUGAGCGUACCCGUGGCAUUGCUAAUGUCAGGAUUCACGUAGAAAGAGUAAUUGGGCUACUCAGGAGGAAAUAUACAAUUGUGUCUGGUAUUUUGCCUAUCGACUUCCUCCAAAGUGACCCCAAUGACUCCCAAGUCGCUAAGAAACCAAUGAUAGACAGAAUCAUAACAGUUACUGCUGCACUGACAAACUUAUCUACAGGCAUUGUACCAUUUUAUUUAAGAUCCAGCAAUCUCAGAGUUGUUGCUCAGAAAUUAUUAAUAUAA